CAUCAUCUGAUUGCUUUUGAAGAUCCGGACUUUGCAGAUAACUCCCCAAGAUUUCAUUUUUAUUUGUCUAACUAUUCAAAGGGGUUGUUAAAGGAGAGAGCUUUAUUGUUAAUUGUUAUUUUUUUUUUAUUCAUAAACAUGGAUGCUGAUUCAUGGAGUGCUCGUCUCUCUUCUGCUUCGAAACGAUACCAGUCUGCUCUUCAAUCGCGAUCUGAUAUGUUCAUGGGAUUUGAAGAAAUUGAUGGAGAUGAUGAUAUAAGGGAGGAAUUUCCAUGCCCAUUUUGCUCAGAGUAUUUUGAUAUUGUUGGCUUGUGUUGCCACAUUGAUGACGAGCAUCCUGUGGAGGCAAAGAAUGGGGUUUGUCCAGUUUGUUCAAUGAGGGUGGGGGUUGAUAUGGUUGCACACAUAACUCUACAACAUGGAAAUAUAUUUAAGAUGCAGCGCAAGAGGAAAACACGUAAAGGUGGAUCUCAUUCGACACUUUCUUUGUUGAGGAAAGAGCUGCGGGAGGGAAAUCUGCACACCCUUUUUGGGGGUUCUUCUUGUAUAGUUUCCUCGUCCAAUGCGGCAGCGGAUCCUUUAUUAUCUUCAUUCAUCUUGCCUGUGUCUGAUGAUUCUGUUAGUGUCCAGUCUCACUUAUCUUCUGCAACAAGCUCAGCCAAGAAAAGCUCUAUUGAGAAGGUUUCAGAACGAAAUUUCCAGUCGACUCCUGUGUCCCUUAAGGAUCGGGAAGAGAAGGCGAAAAGGUCUGAGUUUGUUCAAGGGUUGUUGUUGUCCACCGUUCUUGAUGAUAUUUUAUGAAGAAUAAACCAUGGUGGAUGAUGAGGAUGAUGCAGCAACAGUGGACUUGAAAUUUUCAGCCACAAACCCCUGCAGUCUAUGGUUUGUAGUAAUAUAUGCCUAUGUAUUAAGCGCAGAGUGUCGAAUAAGGUGUAGUAGAAUGAGUGUAAUCUAUAUUGCCAGAGUAUGUUUCUUAUUAGGCCUGAACAGACUUUAAUGUCAGCUUUCAAUCUUCGGAUCAUAUAAUUUAAAAUGAAAGAGCAAAAAGAAAAUAAUUUACUACCAUCA